AUGCCAUCGUGGGAUGAUGGAGAGAGCAGCGACGACAGCCUGCUGUCGGAGUUCGCUAAUGGCCACGACCCUAGUCCUCGUCCGCCGAUCCCAGCAACCACCCUAGAGCCAAACUACACUGGUUAUGAUGACUCCGAUUUUAGGUGCAAACAUGACAUGCCCAUGUACAGAUAUGUUUGCUUCGAAGGAGAAAACACUGGGAGAAAAUUCCUGGGAUGUGGAUGCAAGUAUGAGCAUGAGAGGGACUCAAGAAUCCAUGGCAAUGUGGAGUAUGCAACUAAGAAUUACCAUUUGGUUUUGGCAAAGAGGGAUUUAGAGAAGAGGAAUUUGGAGCUGCAUAAACAGCUGGGCAAUGCUUUGGAGUAUGUUGUAGAGGUUACCACUGAUGACUUGGAGCUUGAAACAGCAAAGAGGCAGAAGGUAGAAAGGAAGAAAAUGGAGUGCUCUAUUACUACUUUGCUUGAAGAAAAGAAGAAUCUGGAGUGCCAUGUUGCUAGAUUGAAUGAAGAGAAUAAGAAGCUGGAAGGCUCUGUUGCCACUGUGAUGGAUGAAAAGAGGAAGGUAGAGUUCUAUGUGGCAGAUCUUCUGAAGCUUGCCCAUGACCAUAGAGCCAAGAUCAAGAAGAUUGCUGAGCUCUGUGAAGAAUGA